AUGAGCAGCCUGAUCAAGCUGUUUCUCAGGGGUAAUUGCCUGGGUUCACUGGGCCCUGGGCAGCUCCAAGGCCUCUCAGCACUCACCUUCCUGGACCUCAGUGAGAACCACAUGGAGGCCCUGCACCCAGGAUCUCUCCAAGGACUUGGUCAAUUGAAGACGCUCAUUCUCACACUGAACCAGAUCAACAGCCUGCAGUACGGGGCACUGAGUGGAGCCCCUGCACUCACUGACCUUCACCUGAGCAGCAACAGUAUUGUGGAGUUUGAAGAAGGGGUGUUUGAGAACUCCUCCAAGUUGGUAAAGCUGAUUUUGUCCAAGAACAACUUGGUUAGCAUUGGGAAUGGCACAUUCAGGGGAGCAGUUAACCUGAGUCAUCUGGACCUCAGUGGAAACAAGUUGGAUUUUGUGCCCAUUGCUGCCCUGAAGGAUGUGUCACAGCUGCACAGCUUGUACCUCCAGAAGAACAGCAUCACCUUCAUACCAGAAGAUGCUUUCUCUGAGCUCCGCCAUCUAAGGAUUUUGGUUUUGAAUAAUAACUGCCUGAGCAGAAUAGCUGAGGACUCAUUGAGCGGUCUAGCCCAUCUCGGUCAAUUGGAUCUGAGCUACAAUAACCUCCAAUCCCUCCCCUCUGAAGUGUUUCAAUAUCUAGGCAGACUGGAGCUCCUGGAUCUCUACCACAACAACCUGACAUACCUUCCAGAGGACCUGUUUCACAACCUAACUAGGCUGAGAGAGCUGCAGCUUGACAGCAACAAGAUCUCAUCCAUUCCACCAGGGCUCUUUCACAUGUCGUCUAAGCUAAGGGAACUCCAGCUGGCCAACAAUCAGAUAGCUGACCUCCACAAAGCCUUGUUCUUCAGGCUGAGGAGCCUACGGAAACUCUACCUGGACAACAACGUACUAAGCAAGAUUCCCAGAGGCCUAUUCCACAAGACCAAGAGCCUUAGGGAGCUACAGUUAGACAAUAACCACCUCAGGUCUCUCGCUAGGUCCAUCUUCCAUGGUCUGGCUAAACUCCACUCCCUGAAGCUCUUCAACAACCGUCUCAAAGUUAUUCACCCUGAGCAGUUUUCCAACCUUGGUGAACUGAGAGAGCUCCUGUUGAAUGAAAACCUGAUCGAAGAUCUUCCAAAAGGCUUAUUUUCUGAGCUUCGAAGCCUCAAGAUUCUGGAUUUGGACAACAACCGCCUCACAGCACUGGCUCCUACAGGCUUUGAUGGGUUAGGUGCCCUAAAGGAGCUUCAUCUCAGCUUCAACCAGCUUCGUUAUCUCCCAUAUGCCACCUUCUACUCCCUGGAUGAUUUACGUAGACUCCUUCUCCAGAACAACCGCUUGGUGUCCUUGCACGCUCAAGUCUUCGCCCCCCUGGCCGACUUACAGGAGCUUGACUUGGACAACAACCAGAUUGAACUGUUACACCCUGACAUGUUUCAAGGCCUUCCCCACCUCCAGAAACUGCACCUGAAAUCAAACCGCCUCAGUACUCUUGUGAAUGGGACACUGGAGCCUCUGGAGAGCCUGAAGGUCCUCCACCUGGAGGGGAACCCCUGGGACUGCUCUUGCAGAUCACCCAUUCUGUACAUCAAUAACUGGAUCAUCAACAAUACCCAGAAGCUACAGGACGAACCCAUGUGUUCCUCACUCAACCGACCCAUUUCACAGCCUGCACACUUAUUAAAACCCUGUGUGAGCGUUGCAUGCUGCCCCAGAAGCAAAUUUCCCCUAGAGAUGCUGACAGUGCUUACAGCUUGGCUUCUUGGUAUUGUUUUUCUGUGACUUCCUUUUGCGGUUUCUUUCCUGUUUUCAGAUGGUUAUGUUUAUUGCUUUCAUGCAACUGUCUAUUGCAAAUGCACUCUAAAGAAUCUAAGUUGAUGUAGUGUAAAGAUUAAAAUACCAUGG